AUGGCUAAUAAACGACAAAAACAUUGUUGCAAAUCAACUGAGAUCAAACACAAACAGGAUCAUCGAGAUCACUUGUUAUUGAGGAGUACUGAGAAGAAAUCAAACAUAAUUCUUCACACUCCAAAAAUAAUUGAGACUCCAAAUGAAUCAACAUUAUCUGACCAAUCCAAAGCCCAAGCAGAGUACAAAGAGAAAAUCAAAGAGAAGUUUGGUCUCCCUCCUGAUACAGACUUUAUUCACCAAGCAGAUCAUGGUCAAAACAAUAUACUCAAGUUGAAAUAUGGAAUUGUUGUCAUACUCAAUAUGUCAAGGACAAAGAUGAUUGCUGUGAUCUGUUUCAAUGAACAACAAUACACUGAAGAUGAUGGAAAGCGUAUUCAGACUGAGGCUAGUGAGAGACUCUUCAAGCAAUUUGAGAAAUCAAUGUCAACAAUGUAUCAACAUGGAACUGCACAAAAUAAAAUCAGAACUAAUGGAUCAACAAUCAGAGUCAAGAGAAACAGAAGAGGUGAUAUGUUUGCAAUUGGAAUGAGACCUGGGUAUCUCAAAGGAGUUGCUGGAGUGACAGCUCAUUCAGUGCUACUUAUGGACAAAGAUCUCAGAUGUCAAAAAAAUCUUCCAUAUAUCCAGCAAUUUCUAGCUGGACAAUUCUCUUCUCUUGCUCUUGGUGCCUUUCAAUCCAAUGUUGAGCUCUGUGCUAAAUACAGUAAUUUUUCAUGGGCUUCUAUAUUUUUCUUCAAUUCACUCAAUGGAAAUGUGUUUGGAGCCAACUUUGGCAUGACUCACAACAAAUGGAACAACACGGCUCACAAGGAUCCCCAUGCAACUGGGUAUUCUUUUGGACUAUUUGUUUUGAUUAAACGCUUGACAGGAAAGCUUUAUUGA